AUGACAUUGGCGUCGACCUCUCCCUCCUCCUCCUCGUCGUCUUCGCCAGUAGAAGCCUCAACACCAGCACAAAUUACACGUGCUGCCCUCGCCUUAGGACCAUCCCUUGUUCCAGGUUCUCACACUAACACCGACACGCUCCACGAGACACAGCAUCCACACCCGCUGUCAAGUCCUUUUCAUUCAAGUCAUCCUCAAGGUCAACUAUCGCAUCCUCUGAUGGGCCCUGUGCAUCCUAUUCACACCUCGCACCCGUUGCAGCCUGGCCAAACCCUGGCGGAACAGGCUGUUAGACCCGAGGUAGCCUUCUCUGGCUUGGCUAUCCUCUCUCCGGUGACGGACCGUCCCCCCUACCACCAGGCCCGGUACGAUGCUGGAUACCAGUCCACUGAGCAGGCCUAUGCACAGCAGUUUGCCAGACCCGAUCAGGAUGCAAAUGGCCAUCGCUACAGUCUGCCAUCCUUCCCGCAAGGUGUGAGCAGAGCCGAUAGCGACCCCUCAUCGGCCUUUCACUCGUACGCCUCUAACACAGAUGGUCCUAUCAUCCACCACCGCAAUUCAAUUGCUGGCUCCACUCUUCCUAACACCGUCGUACGAGCACGCCGAGCUGGUUCCUUGGCCAUGGUCGAAGACGGCCCUUUCUUUUCCAACACAAAGCAAUUCUACAACAUCUACAACAUGAGCCAAACUCAAUCGUUCAAGCUGCGCGUGAUGGCAAGGAUCGAUCGCGGUUUCUUCACAGCAAACAAGAUCUGGACCUGCUAUCGUCGAAAUUACUUCCAAGUCAGCACUGCCUACAGCAUUCUAGGCUUUGACUACUCGCAGGAAUCUGAAGUACCAUGCCUCGUCGAGCUGAAAGAUCCCAUGCCUGGCCCUACCGACGACCCCCAUUUGCAGGAUGACUUCAACUCUCAACGUGACCCUGGUGCUAUGAUCGGAUCUUUGGACAACCUCCGGCUAAACGACAACAACAGCGCCGGCACUGGAACUUCUCGAUUAGCUGUGGUGACAGGGUUCUCCAUUACCAUCACUUCCAAGAUCGCUAGCACCGACAAAAAAAUCGAUCUCAUCCAGCACACGCCCAAGCGUGACAAGGGUCCUCAAAUCGUCCCUGGUCUUCGUCCGAUUCGGGGAGGGGGAACUCUGACCCUUGCUGGAGCAAGUACAAACCAGAACGUCGUCACUUUUGAACGUGUUCAAUUCAAGACAGCAACUGCCAACAAUGGGAAGAGACGUGCAGCUCAGCAGUUCUACAUCCUAAUGGUGGACCUGUACGCGCACACGGAGGAUGGUCAGGUCUUUAUGGUGGCCUCAUCACAAUCGGACUCGUUGGUCGUAAGAGGAAGAAGCCCAGGUCAUUACAUCGAUACUCCUGAAAGAGACAUCAUCACGCCGGGUCCUGGUUCCGUAGGUGAAAGACGCCUUUCAACCAUCAGCCAGCACAGCACCCACCCGUACCACGCCCAUUACCCGGGGCCUCAUAGUCGAAGCCAUAGCAUCAGCGCAGGCGCCGGUAUGAGUGUCGACGUGAGUUCCCUGGGUCUUGGUGUGGACGGUGGACCACUCUCACCCAUGUCGCCAGGCACCGCGAGCGAGUACAGCCCUACCACGGGACAGUCACAGUCAUUCUACCAUUAUCCUAACCAGCAUACCUGGACGGAUGGCUCUUCCAUGUCAUCGCCUGCCUCUACGUACGACGGCUCUGCAUUCUCAUCGCCCACAACAGCCUAUCCUUCGUUUCAACAGUACCCUGGUCAGCAUUCACCUCAGGAGCAUCCACAUCAAUCGUACUUUCCGCAGCGGCAGAACAGCUUCGGUUCCAUCACUCCUCGACUGAUGAUGGGAUCCACAGGACUCAGUCCCAGACACCCGUUUGACAGCCAACUGGAGCCACCGCUCGAGAAUUCACAUGAGAACGAGAAUCCAACGCAAGGUUACUAUCAGGCCUACAAUGGUUCACCAUCAGGUCAUCCACCAACUUCCGCAUUGCAGCAAGGACUCUCGGGUGGAUACACGAACCUCGCGUACCAGCGCGGCAACCAUCCUGUCCCUGGCGGCCAUGACAUUGCCUCUGGUGCGCUUUCAGACCACACUUUCAUUAAGCAGGAGAACCACGACGGCUACUUUCCUCACCUAAACUCAUUCGCGCACCCAUCCGCCCAUCCAUUGAGUGAAGCUGGCAUGGGCGCGGAGCCAACUCCUUCUUCAACAACCGCCUCAUCUGUCUCGUCUUCGUUUGGGUACCAAGUCCAUGAAAUGGGGCCGGAUGGACACCCACCCACCUUGCCCGAGAAUGGCCUCUACGAGGGACCAUAUAGAAAUGGGGCACCCAUCCCACAAUACGUUCACCACAGCGCGGCAUAA